AUGCCAAACAGGUACCAGCUCGCCUUCCUCGUGUCCUUCGCUGCUACCUUCGCCGCCCUUGUUCUUGUGUCCCGCUUCAUCAACAGAAAACUCGACGACGCAGGCUUCCACGUCGCAGAUCUCAUUCUCAUCGGCCUCCCAAGCAAAGACCAGCCCGCGUCUCCAUCCAUGUCCCUCAAGGAUCAGGUCUCCGCUGUUGCCGACGCCCUCAAGCUCAAUGCCGUCCAGCUCCCCGUCCUCGGAACCGUCGACCUCGUGGCAGUAGCAACCUCUCCGACGUUCAUAGUUACCACCGUAGCCGUCCUCGCCACCGCCUUCCUGGCCAAGGUCCUCCACACCGGCACGUCCGCCCCACAUCUCUCCGCUGCACUUCAUCUCACCUUUUCUUUAGGUCGCACCAAACCCCUGGACCCCAACGCGUGGAAGCAGUUUCCUCUCGAGAAAAAGAUCAAGGUUUCACCCAACACCGCAAUUUACCGCUUCAAGCUCCCCCACGUCCAGGACGUUCUGGGCCUCCCCAUAGGCCAGCACAUCGCUCUCUCCGCAGAGAUAAAUGGUAAACUCAUCACCCGCAGCUACACACCCAUCAGCAACGACGAUGACCGUGGUCGCUUUGACCUCAUCAUUAAGACCUACGAGAAGGGCAACAUUUCUCGCCACGUCGCAGCCUUGAACCCUGGUGACACCAUCCGCGUCAAGGGGCCCAAGGGCAACUUUCUCUAUGCCCCCAAUAUUGUUGGCCACCUCAGCAUGAUCGCUGGCGGAACCGGCAUUGCUCCCAUGAUUCAGGUCAUCCGUGCUGCCCUCAAGAACCCCUUCGACCGCACGACCAUCACCCUAAUUUACGCCAACGUUAACAAUGAGGACAUCCUCCUCAAGCAAGACCUCGAGGAACUCGCUGACGUCCAUGAGAAGCGCUUCAAGAUUUUCUACGUCCUCAACAACCCUCCCCCCGGCUGGAAGGGUGGUGUUGGCUUCGUCACCAAGGACCACAUCAAGGAGCAUUUCCCCAACCCUGCUACGUCUCACAGCAAGCUUCUCAUCUGUGGGCCUCCUCCCAUGGUUGCUGCCAUGAAGAAAAAUCUUGAAGAUCUGACGUUCCCUGUACCCAACACCAUCAGCAAGCUCCAUGACAAGGUCUUCGUGUUCUGA